AUGCCUUCGAAUCUACCAUCGAGUUUCGCCUCGGCCGCCGCCGGUCAGAACGCCAGCCGUGACGCGAGAGGCGGUCGCCACGAAGGACGUGGAGUUGGCAGCGGAGAAUGGGCUCGACGUGACGGCAGAGCUAACGGCACCCUGACCUUCCGACGAUCCUCGACGACGCCCGGCCACCCGUCUCAGUCCGCAGCCUCGUCCGAAAACGCCUACCCCGCGAAUCCCCUCGAAUCCGGUGUAGCCCCCCAGACGCCGGGCGCCGCGACGUACGACUACCCAGCCCCUUCACAGUACCAGAAGGAUUCGAUCCUGGGUGUGUUCAAGAACGGCGCGGCGGAAACAGACGCCACCAACGUGUUUGAAUCGGGAUGGACUCCGGGUCAGGCAAAUGGGGCCACUGCGCGGGGCUGGGGCAAGAGCAACAAUAACCACAACUCCCAAGACCCCGCCGCCUGUUGGAACUCCCGGGGCGAUGGUCAUCCGGUCAGCGUCAACGGCCUGUCUGAAGAGGAGAAGGAGGUGCGUUGGCUAGAUGGACCCAACUACCAGGCAGCCGGGACUAAUACAUGGCAGGCAUUCUCAUCCGAUGUCAACUCUCCUCUGAAGCCUCCCCUUCAGAAACAGGAGGGAAAUCAAGGUCCCGGUCCGAAUGGACGCAAGGCUUCUCUGUCGCACGGUAGCGCCGCCGCGUACGGAUUGGCUUCGCCGUCGUCUGCCUCUAGACCUGGAACUCGACGCCGAGAGACGACGGAUUCCAAUCCUUUUGGCAGCGGUCCGCUUGCAUCCCCGAGCGCCACGCGGUUUUCUCGCGGCGAUGAGGCCUUUUUGUUCGGUCGCAAGAACAAUGACGUCAAAGAGCAGGACCCCGGCGAGGAUGACGGAGCCGGACAGUCGCAGAACCAGGGGCAGCCCAAGCCACCUUUCGGGAACCUGACGCGUAGUAACACGACGGGCAAUCCUAGCAUGGGUGCCAACAUCAGCUCACUCUGGGGAGCCUCCUCUCAGCCCUCUGCUGGUGUCGGCGGCAGCGGUGGCGGCAGCGGUGGUGGCGGUGGUGGUGGUGGUAGUGGCAUGGGCAGUUUUGGCCAGUUUGCUUUGCCGACUCCUACCUCGACAAUCGGCACAGGUAGUCGUGGUGGAAGUCGCUUCGCCAACCUCAUGACGAAGGACGGUACCGACAGCCCCGCCGGCAAGACGAACGAGGCUUCGACGCCCGACGCGACUCGAUCCUGGCGUUCCCGCCCCCGAACCGACACCGACCCCUUCGGAGGCGACGAUAACUUGUCUGGCAGCGCCGCACUCGGAGGAGCUCAAGACACCAGCCCUCCCCCGAUGCCCAACCCUAGCAAUAUUGGCAUGUUCGAGACGCCUGUCAAGGGCUCGACUGGCGACUUUGGCAUGUCCGGCCUGAACUUGGGACGCCAAGCCGAGAACGAGCAAGGCCCCACGAGCCCGUCCGAGACGAAUCCGUACCGCAGCCCUCCGGCCGAGCGUGGCGAUUCCCACGAUGAAGCUGGCAAUGAAAAAUCCCACGGUGCGGCCGUUGGCAGUGAGCAAAACCCCGCGUUCAACGCCAUGUCGUCUCGUGGCUUCCCCACCCAUGCUUUUGACGGCAGCGAUCGCAGCCAGACCAGCAGCGCUGGCCCUAGAGGUUACGCUUCUGGUUGGCCCGUCCCUCUGUCCACCGGCACACCCGACCGUGAGCGCGCCGGCUUUGGUGGUGUCUUUGGCAACUCUCUGUUCAGUCCCAUGGGCACCGAGCUGCAGUCGCCUGGCUUGUCGAGCAUUGGCGCCGGCGUCUUCGGUCCAGCCAGUGCUGGUGGCCUCGGCGGAGCCGGCACUAUUGGGCGCAGUAAGCUGGGCUCCCUCUUCCCUCCCGCCAUGCAGGCUCAGAUGCAGGGGAAUGAGCAGGAGAGCAUGAGCGAUUCCCUACCCGACCUUCGCCAAGGCAACCCUCUCGGCGCCAUAGGACGAGGCAACUUCGCCACGGUUCCGCGAGACACGGGUAGCCCGCUGCGCAGUGGCAGAGGCGGAGUGUUCGAGGAGAUGUUCCCCUCUGAUCCAGCCCGCUCGCACAGCGUCUUUGGCGGAUCCGACCCCUCUCACCCCGGCCCCGCUGGUGUCGGCCACCCCCAGGCCUUUACCCCUGUAGCCUCGACCGGCACCGAGUUUGGCUCGACUCCCGUUCGUCAAAUGGUCAUGCCGGAUCGCAUGCGCUGGGUUUACCUUGAUCCCCAGGGUCACGUCCAGGGCCCCUUUAGCGGUCUGGAGAUGAACGACUGGUACAAGGCCAACUUCUUCACACCCGACCUCCGCGUCAAAAAGGUCGAGGACUCGGACUUCGAGCCCCUGGGUCAACUCAUCCGGAGAAUCGGCAACUCGCGCGAGCCCUUCCUUGUCCCUCAGAUCGGCAUCGCUCACGGCCCUCCGUCUCAGGCCGGGCCCUUCUCCCCGAGCGGCAAUACUGGCGUCAUCCCCCCCCUGAGCGGAGUGUUCCCCAGCUUCGGCAGAACCUUGACCGCUGAGGAGCAGAACAACUUGGAGCGCAGGAAGCAGGAGGAACAGCAGGCGAUGGCCCAACAGCGGGAUUUUAUGAUGAGGCAGCAAGCCAUCACUAGACUGCAAAGUCAAGGCCCAGGUGGUGUCCCAGGUUCCCUGCACCACCAGCACAGCGCUCACAGCCUGCAGAGCCAACCUAGCUUCGGCAGCAUCUCGUCGCCCAUUGGUGCUCACCCUCAGCAGCAGCCCCCCAUCGGAGGUAGCGUUGGCCUCACGUCGGGCUUCUUCGACUCGGCCGCCCAGCAGGCCUCAUCGUCGACCCAGCCGCCUGUCGGUUCCGGACUCGAGCAUUUUCGUGAAGAGGACCUCGCCACGCUGAACCCGAGCGAGCGCCAGAUGCUUGCCAGCGUCCAGGCCCCGACCAGCAUCGCUGCCAUCCUCGGCCAGCAGCCUGUCGGUGCACCCGCCAACGACAACAGCAACCUUCGCAACAAUCUCCCGGGCACCGAGCAGCUGGACAAGGACGAGGAGGGCUUUCGUGAACGCCUCAAGGAGUUUGAGGAUAUUCGUGCCGAGCGCGACUCGGAGCAGGCCCAGGGUUCGGGUGCCAGGGCAGUAGCUCAAGAGGACGUCAACCAAGAGUCGUCGGAUGCCGGCCCGGCCGCAGUCGCCAAGGAGCACCACAAGUCAUCGGCUCCCGGCAUCAAAGAAAUCAUGGAGGAAGAGCAGCAGCUGUCCCUGACUCAAAGGGUCCAGCAGGCACAGGCUGCUGCCGAAGCCGCCAAGAACGCUGCCGCCGGGUUUCCCAUGCCAUUCCCUCCCCCGCUUCCCACGGCCGGCACCCCUCUCCCAGCACCCACCGCGCAGCGUGUUCGCUCCAACCUGCCAGAGCAGUACAACCGAUCGCAAACGGGAACCCCCGACACGGGAUCGGCCACGGAGCCUCCCCCUCUGGCCCCGUGGGCCAAGGAGGCAGCUAGCCGCAAGGGCCCCAGCCUCAAGGAGAUUCAGGAAGCAGAAGCCCGUAAGGCGGCCAAGGCGGAGGAGCUCGCCGCCGAGCGCCGUCGUGUAGUUCUGGAGCAGGAAGCCGCGGCGCUCCGAGAACGCGAGAAGACGAUUGUCUCGGCGACCGGCCUUCCCACGACGAGCACCUGGGGCAACGGUUCGCCCGUCGCAGCCGCCAGCCCCUGGACCAAGCCGGCCGCUGCCAAGCCCACGCCCGGCGCCAGCACUCCCGGAAAGCAGAAGACUCUCGCCGACAUCCAGCGUGAGGAAGAGAACAGGAAGGCCAAGGCCGCGAAGGAGGUUGCGAUUCAGACGGGACUGGCCACCGCGGCCGCCGGCAAGCGUUAUGCCGACCUCGCCAACAAGCCCAACAACGCGCCCGGCCUCGCGCAAGCCACUGCGACCGCCCCCCCUCCCGGCAGUGGCUGGGCCAUGGUCGGAGCCGGCGGCAAGGUCAAGGUGCCCACGGGACCUGCCGCCCAGACGCGAUCUGUCAGCACGACCGGUACCAAGGCUACUCCUGUCGUGACGAAGGCGGCUGUCAAGCCCGCCCCCGCCGUGGCACCCGCGGCGGCCGCGAAGAGCGAUGUCGCCAUGGACGAGUUCAACAAGUGGCUCCACCGCGAGCUGUCUCGUGGACUCACUGGUGUCGACAUCGACACGUUCGCUGCGACGCUCCAGAUCCUCCCGCUCGACAACACCAUCAUUGCCGACGCCGUGUACGCCAACUCCAAGACGAUGCACGGCCUUCACUUUGCCGAGGAGUUCAUCCGACGCAAGAAGUUGGCCGAGAAGGGCGUCAUCGAGAAGCAAGGUGCUAUCAGCGACAGCAAGUCUGGCAGCUGGAACGAGGUGGCCAAGAAGGGCGGCCACAAGGAGCAGCCUCCGGCGGGAGACGCGGGUAUCCAAGGCGCCGGCUUCAAGGUCGUGCCCACCCGCAAGAAGGCGGGCAAGAAGGGCAACUAG